UACACCUUGAAAAUCCAAGGUGUCCGCUCAAUUUCAAUUCCACUUGAACCUGUUGAAUAUAAUUGCCAGGUUUAAACCGUGGCUAUACCUGACACAAACUUCGUUCCCUGGAAACAACAGCCGACAGAACUACAGAAGAGGCGUGCUUCUGCUAAUGAGGACAAUCCCAAUCCCAAUCCCAAUUUUCCUCCUCCUGCCGCUCCUCCUAUUAGCACCGCCGGCAGCCGUGGCGCUCACCGCCGACGGCCUCGCGCUGCUGGCGUUCAAGGCGGCGGUGACCGACGACCCAUGGUCUGUGCUCUCCAAGUGGUCGGAGUCGGACGCUGACCCGUGCCGGUGGCCGGGCGUCACCUGCGCCAACAUCUCGUCGCAGCCGCGCGUGGUCGGCGUGGCCGUGGCCGGGAAGAACGUCUCCGGCUACAUCCCUUCGGAGCUCGGCUCGCUGCUCUUCCUCCGCCGGCUCAACCUUCACGACAACCGCCUCACCGGCGCCAUCCCUGCCGCGCUUUCCAAUGCGUCCUCGCUCCACUCCGUCUUCCUUUACAACAACGCGCUCACCGGCAAGCUCCCCGUGGCACUCUGCGACCUCCCGCGGCUGCAGAACCUCGACGUCUCCCGGAACUCGCUCUCGGGCGAGCUGCCCCUCGACAUGCGAAACUGCCGUAGCUUGCAGCGGCUGAUUCUCGCCAAGAACACCUUCUCCGGCGAGGUGCCAGCAGGCAUCUGGCCGGAGAUGUCCAACCUGCAGCAGCUCGACCUCUCCUCCAAUGACUUCAACGGCUCCAUCCCGCCGGACCUCGGCCAGCUCCCCAAGCUCUCCGGCACGCUCAACGUCUCGCACAACCAGUUCUCCGGCAUCGUGCCCCCGGAGCUCGGCCGCCUAACAGCGACCGUCACGCUCGACCUCCGCUUCAACAACCUCUCAGGCGCCAUCCCGCAGACGGGAUCCCUCGCCAGUCAGGGCCCCACAGCAUUCCUCAACAACCCCGCCCUCUGCGGCUUCCCGCUCCAAGUCGCGUGCCGUGCCGUCCCGCCGCCCACGCAGUCUCCGCCGCCACAGAACACCAGUCCAUCAACAGCCUCCUCUGUUUCGCAGGACGGCCAGCACCAUCCGAUCAAAACAAGCCUCAUAGCUCUCAUCGCCGUCGCCGACGCCGCGGGCGUCGCCCUCGUCGGCAUCAUCCUGGUGUACGUAUACUGGAAACUCAAGGACAGGAGGGAAGGCCGCCGCGGCCGUGCCAUCGCACAAGACGACGACGAUGACGAUCGGAACAAGGCACUCUGCGGCUGCAUUUGGGGCCGCCGCGGCAGAGGUGGUGCGGCCUACUCUGACGGCUCGUCGGACGACGACGAGGAAGGAGGAGACCGCAAGUACAACGGCAACGACGGGGAGCUGGUGGCGAUCGACCGAGGAUUCCGGAUGGAGCUGGACGAGCUACUUCGGUCGUCGGCGUAUGUGCUGGGGAAGGGCGGGAAGGGGAUCGUGUACAAGGUGGUGGUGGGCAACGGCUCGACGCCGGUAGCCGUGCGGCGGCUGGGCGGUGGCGGGGGUGGAGCUGAGAGGUGCAAGGAGUUCAGGGCGGAGGCGCGGGAGAUGGGGCGGGUACGGCACCCCAACGUGGUGCGGCUGCGCGCCUACUACUGGUCGCACGACGAGAAGCUCGUCGUCACGGACUUCGUCGGCAAUGGCAACCUCGCCACCGCGCUGCGUGUUCGCCCCGGUGAAGCAGUGCUGUCGUGGUCGGCGCGGCUGAAGAUCGCGAAGGGCGCGGCGCGCGGCCUGGCGUACCUGCACGAGUGCAGCCCCCGGCGGUUUGUGCACGGAGAGGUCAAGCCUUCCAACAUCCUCCUCGACGCCGACUUCACCCCUCGCGUCGCCGACUUCGGCCUCGUCCGUCUCCUCACCAUCGCCGGAUGCGCCCCCGAUGGGACGCUCUACCCUCCGCCGCAACCCUCGGGAAGCCUCCUCGGCGGCGCCAUCCCAUACACUAAGCCGGCGCCGGCACCGGUGAGUGGCUACCGAGCGCCGGAGGCGCGCUCUCCAGGGACGCGGCCGGCGCAGAAGUGGGACGUGUUCUCCUUCGGGGUGAUCCUGCUGGAGCUGCUGACUGGGCGCGGUCCGGCAGACCACGCGUCGCCGUCCACGUCGGUGUCUUUCUCGGGGCCGUCGACGACAACGACUGACCGGUCCGGGAGCGGGGAGCACGGGGCCGUGCCGGAGGUGGUGAGGUGGGUGCGGCGCGGGUUCGAGGAGGACGCGCGGCCCGUGGCGGAGAUGGUGGACCCAGCGCUGCUGCGGGAGGCGCCGGCGCUACCCAAGAAGGAGCUGGUUGCCGCGUUCCACGUCGCGCUCGCAUGCACCGAGGUUGAUCCGGAGCUCCGGCCCAAGAUGAAGACCGUCGCCGACAGCCUCGACAAGAUCGGCUAGUAAGAAAGUAUGCAUCACUCCGAUUAGCUUACGCUGCCAAAUAGUACUGGACUAUGCGGAGAAGUACCAUUUUUCUUUUCUUCUUCUUGAUAAUUUUUGUUCAGUUAUUCAUAUUUUUGUUCUUUGGUUUUCUUCUGUAAUUGGGUUUUCUUUUCUUGGCUAUUAUUUUGGUUGAAAUUGAUGUUUUACAAUGGUAUAGCAAUAUACAUGGGAGGGUAUUUUCCUCCUAGCCACACUCACAAAA